AUGUCAGUGGAGGCGUCAAUAGUAGAGCGGCUCCAGGAAUUACGUAAGUGGCAACUAGACCAGCAAGACCGUUUACUAAAACAGCAGCAAGAACAGCGCGACUUAUUAAACAUCGAGCAAAAACGUAUGUAUGAAGCUUUGGGUUUAUCUAUUGACGACAUAAAUGAUAAUUUAACGGACGAGAUGUCUCUGACAAAAAUUCAGGAACAUUUAGAGUCUCUCCCAAGCACUGGUGACAAAUCAGACGCUUUUGACGAGUCUUCUCAAUAUAAAUCCUUUCAAAUUACCGAAAUAAAACAACCGGGUGUUAUAAAUUCAACCCAAUCAUCUUCAUCUUCUGACGAAUUUUCUGAAAAAGAAAAAGAAAUUGAAGAAGAUAAUUUUAAUUUAUCAGUAGAAGGUGUUAAACCUUUUCCAAAAAGAUUUUCCACUGGAAGCAUGCGUAUUGAUGAUAUACCAGUGCCUUCUCCUAAAAAGGACUUUAAAACUUUGUUAGAAGAAAAAUUAAAAGAUUCUGAAGCACUGGGAGAGAAUUCCGGGUCAAAAACUCCGAAAGUUAUUAAAAAACAGCCUUUUUUACGCAAAGGCGAAGGAUUAGCGCGCUUUAGAUUGAAUAAAACUCCAAAUAUAGAAAAAGUUCCUAGAACUCGUGCUAAAUCUCUCCCUCCUAUUGUAAAAAAUACUUACUGUAAAUCAUCUGCUGUUAAUAGAGUAACUAAUCAAAAGCCGAAAGAAAAAAUCACUAAGAUUAAUAAAAAUAGCGGAAUUUCACGGCGUAGUUAUCCGCUUCCUAAAGUCGCGCAGCAGAAACUUAAUUUAAAAAAUGUUCCGUUGCCAAAAAAUAUUAUUCGAAGAUCAAUUUCACCUUUGACAAAAAAAUCUUCAGUUUUUCCUCCUAAAAAUACAACAAAAUCUGUUGCGGUUGCACAAAAAAUUAGCGAUGUAAAAAUACCUGCUGCUGAUGAAUCGGAUCUUGAUUCUUCAAAAUUAGAAACGAAAAUGUUUGAAUUUUUGGAAGAAAAAGCCGAAAAUUCAAGCUUCUGUUCAACAUCUAGUGCAGUUGUUGCUUUUUUACAACAAUCUACUCCGCUUAAAUUGAAAAGUAUUAGGAAGAAUUUAGUUAUGAGAAAACAAGAGUCGCAAGAAAAAAAAAGUAGAGUUAUUGAUGAUGAAAUUGAAGAAUUGGUACAUUCAUUAAAAUCUAACAAGCUUGAAAAAUUAGCUAGUGAUAAAUCUAAGAAAAAUUUUGGGCAGUUUAGUAAUGAAGGUUCUAUUGAUAAUAAUAUUUCUAGUACUCCUAAAUUAUCUAAGAAUAAUUUUACAGAAAGAAAGUUUCUUGGUCAGAAAUUAGAGGGUAAUUAUGGAGGUGAAGAAAAAAUAGAAGAAAUAGGGAUAGAAAGUGAUAGCGAGUCGGAAAAAAAUUAUGAAGAUAGUCAAAGGUUCAAACUUGAGGAUAAAAAUUUGAGGGAUCAAAUUAAUGAUGGAGUUAAUGAUGAUGGAAGUAUGCAUGUUAGAUUUUCUGAAUAUAAUGAAUAUAAAAUGAUUGGGUUAACUGAUACCUCAACAAUUUCAAGGGAUUCUUUUAUUGAUGAUAAAAAUUGGACUGAUGAUUCUAGUGUUGAAUCUUCAGAGGUUGAAAUUUUGACUUCAAGAAAUUUUAACGAAAUUCAGAAGCAUAAUUUGGGGAGUGAAAGAGAUGAUAGAGAUAAAAAUAGAGUUUAUGAGAGUACUGAUGAUGAGGAAUCAAUGUUUAAUGAAACAGAAAGCACUGUUGAUGAAAAAGAUGAUACUAUUACGGAAAUAAAAAAUUCUGUAGAUAAUUUGAGGACUUGGAAUGCAAAAAAUGAAGAAUUUGAUCAUUUAGGUGAAAAUAAUGAAGAAUUUGAUAGUUUAGGUGAAAAAAAUGAAGGUUUUGGUAAUUUAGUUUCAAAAAAUGAAGACUAUAAUAAUUUAGAAGAGAAAAAGGAGCUAGUUUUAAAGUCAGAGCUUUUAAAAAAUAGAUUAUUAGAGUUAGAAAGAGAGAUUGAAAUUUUUAGGAAAGAAAAUGCGGCUUUGUCGGAAAAGCGUCAAAAAUUGGACCAAGAGCGACGUGAUUGGGAGAAAGAGUUGAAGGAGAAGGAGGAUAAUUUAAGGAGAGAGCAAUCGGAGGCUGAGAAUAAUAUUCAGGAGGAAAAAAGACGGAUGAUUCGUGAGAAAGCUGCUCUUGAAAAUAGGCUUAGAGAUGCGAGGGAAAAAAGUAUUCAGGCGAAGCAAGAUAGGCAGGAAAUUGAACGGCUCAAAGAUCAGCUUGCGGAGCUUAGGGAUGAUUUUAGUGAAAAGGAGAAUCUUUGGUUAACUGAACAGGCUAGACAACGAAGUCAAAUUAGGGUUUUGCAGAUGGAGAAUGGAAAAUUGAAGCAGGAAAUUUCUAAGUUUCAAGAAAGCCGGCAGAGUAGAUUGAAGAAACCUUCUUCUGGUGUGUUGCAAGCUAAAAAUUCUAAUAAAAUGGAGGUGAAGAAAAUUACUUUUGAUGAUCAGGUGGAGAAUAAUUUGCGGGAAAAAGAUCAAGAACUGGAGCGUGUUAAAUAUUCACCGGAUAGAAUUUCAAGUUCUAAUUCUAAUAGAAAUUUAAUUAAACCACCUGCUGAUGUUUUGAAGAAACGUGAGCUUUAUAAAAAUUUAAUUAAAGAAGCUGCGGGGGAAUAUUAUGAGGAAGAUAUUGAAAAUAUUCCUGAGAAUAUUGUUAAAAGUCCGGAUAAAAUUUUAAGCUCUAAUUCUGAUGGAAAUUUAAUUCAUCAAUUAUCUGCUGAAGAUGUUUUGAAGAAACGUGAGGCUUAUAAAAAUUUAAUUAAAGGGGAAUAUUAUGAAGAUAUAGAAAAUAUACCUGAAAAUAUUGUUAAAAAUCCGGAAAAGCCAAAAAUAUUGACGCCAACUUACAGAAAAAAUAAAACAGUUCAAGAUAAUUUUUUGAAUAAUUCUAAUAAUUUUUCUACACAGUCUACACAAACAAGUUUAGAGUUGAAAAGUACUGUUGAAAAAAAUGAUAUUAAUAAACGAAUUCCGAGAUUGAUUAGUGAAGAUUUGCAACUUCCUCAUGGAUCUUAUCAGCAGUUUGUUCGUGAAGUGAUAAAUCCAGUAACAACUCAGUAUUCUGAAGGUAAUGAUGGUCAGGACUCUAGACAAGUUCAACAGGAAAGUCCCUUGAGAGUUCCAGUUAGUUAUUUAAAGGAAGCUAGAAGAAGUCCGGAAGUUAAUGGACUUCUUCAGGGAAAACAAACGCCUAAUUAUGUCGCAGACAGACGGAUUGAUCAGACGAAGUUUGUUGAUGGCAAUGAAUCGGAUAUUUCUCCGAGGGUGGAGAAAAUUCCGCUACCUAGACCAACGGAUAGUGUGAUGCCCUGUCCGAGUUCGUUUCAAAUUAGUUGUGUGUCUAAUUUGACGGGUCAGGAGAAAAUUUUUGUGCCUAAGCAAAAUGUCAGGGAAGUUCUGCAUCCAGAUGGACGUUUGGAGUACUGGUAUCCUAAUGGAAAUGUUAAGAAGGUUUUUCCGGAUAGUAAUACCUCGAAGAUGAUCUAUUAUAAUGGAGAUGUACGGGAAACUCUUCCGGAUGUCUCGUUUCCGGAUGGUUCAAUUCGGCUGGUGCAACCGGAUGGUAUUACCAAAUGGGCAUUACCUGAUGGCACUAUUGCCGAAACAUUUCCAAAUGGCGAUAAAAUACUUUCACUCCCGAAUGGACAACGUGAAAUACACACUGCUGAUCACAAGCGACGUGAAUAUCCAGAUGGAACGGUUAAAUUUGUUUAUAAUGAUGGAACGCAAGAAACGCGAUAUGCCAAUGGACGAAUUCGUAUUAAAGAUAGGGAUGGACAACUUUUAUUUGAUUCCCAUCAUCCUGAGAAUUAA